AUGGAGUUGAGUCCCAGUGAGUUUUCAGAUUGCCCGGCACUGCAGGACAAAGAAAAUAUUGCUGUAUGCAAUGAGCCGAAGUCAGAGCUCAUGAAUGAAAAGAUUGUCAAACAAUGUGAAUUCUAUUUCUCGGAUGCAAAUAUUCUAAAAGACCAGUUCCUUCUAAACUUAGUCAAGUCAUCAAAGGAGGGAUGGGUGGAUCUCUCUGUAAUUGCAGGUUUUAAAAAACUUCAGUCUUUGACGACGGACCUUAGCGUUAUUCGUCAGUCACUGGCAGCUUCAACCAAAAUCGAGGUGUCAGAAGAUGGGAACACAAUUCGACGCAUUGAUCCGUUGCCCAUAUGGGAUAAAUCCGUUUACUACCGUACCAUUAUAUUGUCGGAAUUCCCAGAAAAUUCAAACGUCACAGUGGAAAGUAUUCAGGAGUUCUUCGCGAUAAAUGGCCAUCCUCCAUCUUUAGUGCGCGUUCUGUUUCCAAACCGCAAGAUACCAUCUGAUCUUAAACGUUCACAAAUACUACAUAAUCAACUCGGCGUCAAAAUCUGCGCUGUUGUUGAAUUCCCCAAUCGACCUGAUGCAUUAAAAGCAAUUAAUUUAUCUCGCUCUCACUGGGGGAAAAUAUAUGCAUACCUUUUGUGUCAUGGCAAUAAAAAACUGAAUAAAAACCAACCUGAACAUAAGACUGUCCCUAAUACCACCAAUUCCAAGGGUGUUGCUGAUGACAAAGUUGAUCCCAUUCGCAAACCGUUUCUACGUCGUCUGGAUGGUCUUAGCAACAAUAGCAUUCAUGUGUCUCACGUACGAGAGCCAAUAGCUCCACCAACUGAAGAAAGUGUUGGUUUUUUGCCUGGUUGGCGUGAAUUACUCCGGUUGCAGCGAAUGCUGAUUUGUGACGGAGCUGAAGUGAAUAAGUCUUCAGAAGCUGAACUUCAGCAAUUGGAUAAUGCGAUUGUUUUUAUAGACUCCGGUGCAGUUUGCGCCUCUUAAAAAACAAACAGUCACAUAUGACAGAAGUAUGUCAAUUUUUCGGUGAUAAAUGCAUCCUUCAUGAUCAUCUAUAUUUCACUUGAAC